GUUAAGAGUCGAAAGAGAGAGAGAAGAAUUCAAGAAAGCGCUGGGCCUCUGUGGUUCUUCUAGGGUUUAAGAGAGAGAGAGACAGAGAGAGAUUCCAAUUGCUUUUUCGCUCUGAUCCGGUCCCAACAAAUGGCAUUCUGGGGAAUCGAAGUAAAACCCGGGAAGCCCUAUACUCAUAAAUCUGACGACUCGAAUGGACGGCUACACAUAUCGAUGGCAACACUGGCGCUUGGUACUGCCACAGCGAAAAGUGUACUUCAAUGUAAUGUGGGAAAAAGGAGUCCUGUUUAUCUUUGCGCUUUGUAUCCUGUGAAUUCUGAGUCGUUGCAACUAAAUUUGGAAUUUGAGGAGGCAGAUGACGUUGUUUUCUCUGUUAUUGGUCCUCGAAGCGUUUUCCUCACUGGUUACUAUCUGCGCAGUGCUGGGCAUGAGUUAGAACCCUGUGGGGAAGAUAUUGCUGACACUGAAACAGAGAGGUCUGAGGAUAGUGAUGAAGAUGAGUAUGAAAAUAGUUUUAUCAACGAUGAUGAUCUGGAAGUGUACCCACCUUCUCCCAUUUCCGAUGGUGGAGAGAUAUUGGAUAAUGAGAAACCUAAGAAAAGGAAGGACAGUCGUAGACGGCUUAGGAAGAGGUAUCAAAUCCGUGAGUCUGACGAUGAGGGGUGUUCUCAACAAAAAGAUAUGGUGAAUGGUAGCGGCAAUGAGCUAGUAUUGCAAAGUGAAGAUGAUGACAUCGUCCCAAUUUCUUCUCUCUACAAGAGUAAAACCACAGCAAAGAAAACAAUAGAGGAAGUAGAAGGCAACGCUGACAACGAAACAAGUGAAACCAGUAAUAAGAAGACAGAAGAUGAUGGAAAUUAUGUUAUUGAACCUACAAGAAAAGCUGACUACAUUGUUGUGGGUCUGCCGAAGUUUACCAUAGAAAAAACAACAGAGGAAAUAGAAGGAAAGACUGAUGAGGUAACACCUGAAACCAGUGACAAGAGGGCAGAAGAUGGAAUUUAUGCUGAUCAGCCAAAAAGAAAAGCCCAUGACGUUUUUAUAGAUGGUCAGUCUAAAACUACCAUUAAGGAAAGAACAGAGGAAGUAGAUGGCAGAGCUGACAAGGGAACAGGUGAAACGAGUUACAAGAGGACAGAACUUGAACUGCCAGAUACUUUUAUGCUGCCUUCCACUGAAGUGGGCCAUGAAGGUGGUGAGAGGCCAAAGAAGAAAAGGAAACAACGGGAAGAGGAGAAGACUUAUGAAGCUGAAAGUAAGCAUAACAAUUUUGUUAAGGAGGAUAAAGCCCAGCAAAAUGAGUCAAAUGCUGAGAACAAGUUCCAAUAUUUUCCUUUAAGAGAUACGGCAGCCAAUGAUAACAGGGAAGCUGAAUUGCUGGAUAAUUUUUUGCUGCCUUCCACUAAAGUUGGGGCUGAAGAUGGUGAAAAUCCAAAGAAGAAAAGGAAAACACGCCUCAAGGAGGGGAAAGCAUUUGAAGCUGAGAGUAAGGACAUCAAUAUUGUUAAAGAGGAUAAAGUGCCUCAAGAUGUGCUCAAGGCUGACAAUAUGAUCCUAGGAUCUCUGAGUUUAGACAGCAAUGUUCAUGAAUUUGAUAAUGAAAAUCAUUCCAAGGAGAAGACUAUUAAGAAGAAGAAAAAGAGUAGAAUCCAGGAGAAUGUGGAAGCUGUGAACAUGAAUAUAUCCCUUCUGUCAGCAGACAAGAUUGAGGAGAAGGAAGUUAAUGACAAGUCGUCUCAAGUUCAGACCUUGUCUGAUGGAUUAAUGAUUGAGGUGCUAGAAAUGGGUAAAUCAGACAGCAAAGUUGCUGCUUCUGGGAAAAAGAUCAGCAUCAAUUACAAUGGCAAGUUGAAGAAGAAUGGAGAAUCAUUUGAUUCAAAUGUUGGUGCUGCUCCCUACAAGUUUCGCCUAGGUGUGGGAAGAGUGAUCAGGGGUUGGGAUAUCGGUCUUGAUGGUAUGCGAGUAGGUGAAAAGAGAAGACUUGUCAUCCCACCAUCAAUGGCUUUUGGGAGUGAAGGAAGUGGGGAAAACGUACCACCAGACUCAUGGCUGGAAUAUGAUGUGGAAUUGGUUAAAGUCCACUGAUUGAUUGACCUGUAAAAAACCCAUGUGUUCCUUACUGAGAGCUGCCUUUUUGUGUUUUGUUCAUAUCUGUUUUGGGAUGAAAUUAGGCAGCCGUUUGUCUCUCACUUAUAGUUGGUUCUCAUUGAUUUUGAUUCAACUUUCAUAGCAAAUUAUAGAAGAUACUUCGUUUAACUUAAUGUCCUGUUGUGAAAAGGUUCUUGAGGCAGGCUUUGUAAAAGAAACCACAGGCUGGAUGUUGGUGCAGCCAAGAGUAAUUAUAAUGGUACGCACGUUUUACCAUUCUCACCUAUUUAUGUAUAAAGUCACUUUGGACUUGUGCAAAAUCGUGACGAAAUUGCGGCAAAUUUUGUUGAAAGACUUGUGUUACGCUUUCUUAGCUAUGUUAUGUAUGAAUGAUAUGAGAAGACUGAGCAAAGUGCUUCAUAUAUAGUUAA